CGCCGGAGUUAGCUAGGUGGUCGGUUAGCAUUAAUACUGUUUUUGGAAGUGUAGCAUAUUUUCUUACCGUUGCCAUGAAUUAAGACCGAAUUGUCGAACGCCAUCCCUUAAAACGUCUCGUGGCUGGCUGGAGAGAGCGAAAGAGAGGUGUCAGGCAUGUAUGCCACUGGGAAAUACAGCUCGCGGGGCCCUGCUCUUAUCCCGCGGAUGAAAACCAAGCACCGCAUUUACUACAUCACCCUCUUCUCUGUGGUGCUGCUUGGACUUAUCGCCACCGGGAUGUUCCAGUUCUGGCCCCACUCAAUUGAGUCUGCAGCCGACUGGACCCUCGAUAAACGCAGUGUUCAUGACGCUCCUCUGGUCCGCCUGCCUGUCUCCAGUCCCAUUCCUGAGAGGGGUGACCUCAGCUGUCGAAUGCACACCUGUUUUGAUGUGUACAAAUGUGGCUACAAUCCUAAAAACAGAAUCAAGGUCUACAUCUACCCUCUGCAGAAGUUUGUGGAUGAAUUGGGGGUACCCAUCAGCAGCACUGGACUGUCGAGAGAAUACAAUGAUCUGCUCAGUGCCAUCUCUGACAGUGACUUUUACACUGAUGACGUCAACAGGGCUUGUCUUUUCAUCCCAUCUAUUGAUGUGCUGAAUCAGAACUCCCUGCGUAUCAGAGAGACUGCCCAGGCUCUGGCAAUGUUACCCAGGUGGGAGAAAGGGAUGAAUCACCUACUUUUCAACAUGUUACCUGGAGGCCCCCCAGACUACAACACUGCCUUGGAUGUGCCCAGAGACAGAGUGCUGCUUGCUGGAGGUGGUUUCUCUACAUGGACCUACAGACAAGGUUACGAUGUCAGCAUUCCAGUGUACAGCCCCCUUUCUGCAGAUGUUGAGCUGCCUGAGAGACAGCCUGGGCCACGGCGCUACUUUAUUCUGUCCUCUCAAACUGCCAUUCACCGCGAGUACCGUGCUGAACUUGAGCGCUUGAAGGAAGAAAACGGAGAAGCAUUGCUCCUCCUCGACAAGUGUAGCAACCUGUCUCAGGGUGCCUCCUCUGCACGGAAACGCUGCUACAAGGGGCAGGUGUAUGACUACCCUCAGAUCUUGCAGGAGUCUUCUUUCUGUGUGGUUUUGCGGGGGGCACGAUUGGGUCAGGCUGCCCUCAGUGAUGUGCUGCAGGCCGGCUGUGUCCCCGUCAUCCUCGCUGACUCCUACAUUCUGCCCUUUUCUGAAGUACUUGACUGGAAAAGGGCAUCUGUGGUUAUUCCAGAGGAGAAGCUGUCAGAGAUGUACACCAUCCUAAAGAGUAUUCCUCACAGACAAGUUGAAGAGAUGCAGAGACAGGCACGCUGGUUCUGGGAGGCCUACUUUAGCUCCAUGAAGGCCAUUGGCUUGACAACGCUCCAGAUCAUCAAUGACCGCAUCUACCCAUAUGCCGCACGCACUUACGAGCAGUGGAACAAUCCACCUGUGGUGAAGUGGUCCAGCGUGAACAGCCCUCUGUUCCUGCCACUUAUCCCACCACGGGCACCUGGGUUCACAGCAGUGGUGCUGACCUACGAUCGUGUUGAGAGUCUUUUCCGGGUCAUCACUGAAAUCUCCAAGGUGCCUAGCUUGGCUAAGCUGCUGGUGGUGUGGAAUAACCAGAACAAGAGUCCUCCUGAGGAGUCUCUUUGGCCGAAGAUCAGUGUUCCUCUCAAAGUCGUGCGAACCAAAGAGAACAAGCUGAGUAACCGUUUCUUCCCCUACGACGAGAUUGAGACAGAAGCUGUACUGGCCAUCGAUGAUGACAUCAUCAUGCUGACAUCUGAUGAACUGCAGUUUGGCUACGAGGUAUGGAGGGAGUUCCCUGACAGGCUGGUGGGCUACCCAGGCCGGCUGCACCUUUGGGACCAUGAAAUGGGGAAGUGGAAGUAUGAGUCGGAGUGGACCAACGAGGUGUCCAUGGUUCUAACUGGAGCCGCCUUCUACCACAAGUACUUCAACUAUUUGUACACAUACAAGAUGCCUGGAGACAUCAAGAACUGGGUGGACGCUCAUAUGAACUGUGAAGAUAUUGCCAUGAACUUCCUGGUGGCCAACAUCACAGGCAAAGCCCCCAUAAAGGUGACACCCAGGAAAAAGUUCAAGUGCCCGGAGUGCACUGCCAUUGAUGGACUGUCCCUGGAUCAGACACACAUGGUGGAGAGAUCUGAGUGCAUCAACAAGUUUGCAUCAGUUUUUGGUACAAUGCCUCUGAAGGUGGUGGAACACCGUGCAGACCCAGUGCUCUAUAAAGACGACUUCCCAGAGAAGCUAAAGAGCUUCCCCAACAUCGGCAGCCUCUGACCAGUACGUAACAGAUGCACGGACCUCGUCACAGCCUCAAAGCUUCAAGAUUUGUCACCAACAUUGUCUUUAAUACAAGACAUCGAUUUUCAGACUAAAGUGGUGCAUGCUCCUGUCGCAUCUCAGUACAAAUGAUUCGCUCUCUGGUUUUUAAAUUAAAUUUAAAAGGCAGGAUUGUGCAGGACAUUUAGUUAAGAUCUAGAAUGGCAGAGGACAUGGGAAUCUCAGCAUGAUGAUGAGUGCGGUGAGAAUGAUUUGUUUAUUGGAGUUAAAAUAAAAAAUAUUGUCAAACGUUUACCGACACUAAUGUUACUGCUACUGGAGGGUUACUGUGAGUCUGAUAUUUGAUGGACAGGCUGACUGAUUGGAGGCUUGUGGUCCCUCACUGUUACUGUUUUGGAGCUGGACGCUUUUGGCUCCAGCUGCUCUGGAAUCAGCGUAUACAGUGUAUAUAUUUGUAUUUUGCAGCAGUGCUGUAUAAUAGUCAUAAUUUAUGAUGCUCCAACUAGGAUAAAAAAAAUGUUCCUGGACCUAAUUCUUUUAGCUGUGGUGUAUGAAAACAAAAAGUAAUAAAUGUUUAAUUUACAUGAUAUAUAUAUCAGUGACAUGUCUGUGAGGGCUUUAUGUGCUGGUUAAUUGAAUGUGAUAACACAGAGCGUGGUGGCUAACAGAUGAUGUACAGUAAAUGUUUCACAUACGGACCGUUUUUACACAAUCAGAUUGGACCAAGCGGGUACCAUAAAUCUUAUAUUUAGUGAGUAACUGCUGAUUUUAAAUACUGAUUCAGAGCUACUGGAACAUCUUGAAUUGUAAUUUUAUACUGCCUGAGCAAGCCUUUCAUUUAUAUUAAUAUAUAGGAAAAAGCAACGGUGCUAAUUGAAGCACCCACUAAGUCAUUUUAUGAGUUGAGUGUAUGAACACUGCAUAAGCAUAGGAGUUAUUAUUUGAUUUCCAUGCAUUUGAAAAAUACUGUACAGUGAAUAAUGGACGGUUCCCAAAUCCACACUUUUCAAAACAAAUAUGUAUAAACUGUUGAUGCAAUGCUUUUGUUUUUUGUUUUUUUAUUAUCCCUGUUGUGUGUGUUUAUAUUUUUUCCUUUUCAUCACUUCUUGUCCCAGCUCCAGUAUUUAGCCUUUAAAAUUCGGAGCAGUGCAGUCUUUAAGAUGUUAACAUUGCUUUGUGGUCUCUUUAUUUGCCCCAUUUUUUUUUAAAUUGUUUUCAUAAGGUCAGUGAAAUUGUUUUAAAUUUUUUUGACUGGGUUUAUGUAUCUAAGUGUAUAUAUGACUUUGUAAUACAUAAGUAAAAAACACAAUAUGUCU